GGGUCGGGCGGUGGAGUUGGCCUUAGCACGUCACGCGCUACGGUCGUUCGGGCUUGCUCCCGUUCUGCUGUCCAGCCCGCCUGCGUCGUCUCGCCGCCUUCCAUUCGAGCGUCCUCUUUUUAGUUCGCAUUCGCACCCCACAAAGGGUAAACAAAUUCCCCAAUCCCCCACGCUUUUCUGCUCCGCCACCUCUAAAUCCGACUAAUCGAGGCGACUUCUUGGAGAGAUUGUGUGAUUAUUUUUGGCUGGAUUGGAGCGUGGAAUAAGAUGGACGAAUUCGAGCUGGAGGAUAACCUAGAGUUCAUCCUCCAGAGCAUCCAGGAGCUCAUAGAGGAUCAGGGGGAGAACAAUCCCUUCGGCGAGGUCAACCAGAAUGAGCUCCUCGCCAACCUCGUCAACUAUGACCAGGACAACUUGAUGCCGGACGUGUCCGUGGAGGACGUAGUGAACGGGAAGGACGUGCAGGGGAUUCCGUGGGAAAAGAUGCUGUUCCCGAGGGAUCAGUACCGGGAGAUGAAGAUGAAGGGCUACAAGAACUAUCAGAACCUCAGUUAUGCCCGGGAGGAUGCUUUGCAGGAUUGCAAACAAGUUGAGAGGGACGGCCCUUACUACGAUUUUCAGUACAACACGAGGCGUGCGCGACUGUCAAUUGUGCAUUUUCAGCAUCUACUUCAACUAGGGGGAGUUGACGCGCUCCGCCGCACUGAAAAAUCAGGGUCUCGCACAAGUGAUUCAUUUGGAGCCGUGUUUUAUUCCUUGUAUGGUUACAUCAACAAUAUGCAAUCAAAGCUGAACCAGGAUGGAAAAUUGAGGAAUUUGGUCUGGGCAACAACCAAGCAUGAUGUUUAUACAGUACACAAUCAAUCAAUGACACACUGGUCAUCACUAAACCAGAUAAGCACUGAGCUAAUCAAUGGUGAUGAUUGCAUUAUACCAAAACAGAGAGGGCAUGGUUCACAAUCUGUCUCAAUGGUCCAGUUCACAACUAUGGCUGUAGAUAAUGAUUUAUUGGUAGUUGGUGGUUUCCAUGGAGAGCUUAUAUGCAAGCGUCUGGAGGAUGAUGGGAUAGUUUUCAGCACGAGAGUUACAGAUGAUGAGAAUGCUAUAACCAACUCUUUAGAGAUAUACCAGGAUCCCAAUGGAUCAAGACGGUUGGUGGUUGCUAAUAAUGACUGCUCUGUCAGAAUUUUUGAUACCAAGUAUUUUGACCUACUUAAUCACUAUGUUUUCCCAUGGUCUGUGAAUAGUGUUUCGGUUAACCCUGAUGGAACACUUUUUGCUGUCCUUGGUGAUCACGAGGAUGGCUUGGUAGUGGAUCCCAAGUGUGGGAAGCCGAUUGGUAAAGUUAGAGGCCAUUUGGAUUACUCAUUCUCAUCUGCGUGGCACCCAGAUGGCAAUAUAUUGGCUACCGGGAGUCAAGACACAACAUGUCGGCUGUGGGACAUUAGAAACCUAUCACAAUCCUUGGCUGUCCUUGGUGGAAGGCUAGGCUCAAUACGUUGCAUCAAAUUCUCUUCAGAUGGCCGCUUUUUGGCAACAGCAGAGCCUAUAGAUUUCGUUCACAUCUAUGAUUGUUUUGCCGAUUAUGGCAAAUCUCAUGAGAUUGACUUUUUUGGUGAAAUAGCUGGUUUGUCAUUCAGCCCAGACACAGAGGCCUUCUAUAUUGGCGUAGCAGACCAAACAUAUGGAGGCCUCAUGGAGUUCAAGAGGAGGCACCAGCAUCAUUACUUGAACUGCCUGUGGUGAUGCCUUUUGGUUAGCACAGUUUGCUUUUGCAGUUCCUUUAUUCGCGACUGAUUGAUCGUUUGACUGUGCUGCAAAAACUGCAUGGUUUUAGUCAAGGCAACCGGUGAGGAACUCAUUGGGGCAACGUGAUUAGUGAUUUGCUGCCGCACCUUAAGCUCACUCCAGAUAAAUGAGCUGGAGCUGUAUAAAUUUCUGUUCUGUCUUGUUGCUGUCUAGGAACCGACGGGGAUUGUGAUAGUUAAUGUGUAGUCUUGCAUUCCAUUUUAUCAAAUCAAUGUACAUAGUUGGGGCUUUA